AACAGUAACUGUUUUAAAGUGUGUAGAACUGUGUGUGUGUGUGUAUAUGUGUGUGUGUGUGUGUGUGUGUGUGACUGCCGGUCAAAGAACAGAUCAGAGUGCACUUUAACCUCAAACACACACACUGGAAGAGGAAGUGAAGCGUGUCUGAGAGAGACAGACUAUGUGAAAGUGUGUACAGUAGAGUGAUCAAGUAGAGAGAGAGAGACACACAGUGAGAGAGAGACAGAGUGAAAGAUACACAGAGAGAAAGAGAGACAGAGAUAUACAGAGAGAAGGAUACACAGAGAGAAGGCGAGAGAGAGAUAGUGAGAGAGAGAGAGAGUGAGUCAGUAUGAGGGUGUUUGGUCAGUACUUCCUCCCGGCGGUGAUGGUGACUGUGCUGCUGUUCCUGUCCUCACUGUGGCUGCCUCAAGGUUCAGUUCAGGACUGUGAGCUGUCGUGGCUUCCAUGUCUCAUCGUUCGCUCAGAAACCAACAAGGUGGAGUCUGCCGCUGCUGCAGGUUGGCUUGUCAGCCCCAGCGCUGAUGAUGAGAAUGUUAUUAAUAAUAAUAUUAAUGAGGACGCUGUGUUAGGGGUGUGUCCUGGGCAGAAUUUCCAGGUGUCCCGCCUCCUGCUGUAUUUAAACUCUGCCCUCGGCCCCGCCUCUGAUGUCAUGUUGGAGCCAUACCUGCUUUGCUGGGAGGAGCUCAUUAAGUUCAUGGAGGCUCUUGGUCCUCUGGUGAGUUUCUUCACGGGGAAAGUUCAGGAGAAGAUCACUCUAAUUCGCCGGCUGGUAGAGGAGGAAGCUGCUAAGUUCAGUUUCCUCACUGCCCCUGACCCUCAGUGUACCCACAAUCCCCUGCGGCACGCCUACUCCUCCGUACGCUCCAUGCUGGAGGCAGAGCUGCAGAGGGACGUGGUCAAAUUUGACAGACGGACGGAUUCCGGAAGCCGGACGUUGCUCCGCCUCCACCGGUCGCUGCUGUGGCUGCAGCUGCUACUGGAAAAAGUGGUGGAUGAAGGCCGCAGCGACAGGGGCCGCAGCGACGGGGGCCGCAGCCUGGGGGAGCUGUGUGCCGAGGCCUACGCGGAGGCUUUAGCGCCAUACCACCCCUGGCUCCUGCAGCGGGCGGCUCAGCUGGCGUUCAAGGCAAUGCCCAGCAGGGCGGCGCUGCUGCCCAUCGUAUGCGUCCACACGCAGGAGGAGGCGGAGCCAAUAAUCCUUCUUAUCAUCAGCGCCAUCAGAGAGGUUCACCACAGAACUCAGAGAGAGCUGGAGCAGAGGAGCAUGAUGGACCUGCCGUGAACACAGACGCCCACCGCCAUCAGUUCUGAGCCCUCCAGCAUGGGGCGCUGUAGCCACAGCAGAGCCUGGUCAAACUGACCUGAACCCUGUCCAGUCAACACUCACUGCAGCUGGAUGGGUUCAGAGUUAAACAUGUUCCGGACUUUAGACUAAAGUCUUAUUGAGUUUCUUCAUCAUGUUUAAUUUAUCAACACUAACAUUUCAUAACAAAACAACUGCAACACCGAACAGAAUCAGUGUGAAUAUGUGACUUCAGCGUUUUUAAAUGAGGGUUUUUACUGUGUAGUUUGAACUAAUCGAAUUAACCAUAUACAGCACUGUGCAAAAGUCAGAGACCCCCUUCAUUAUUCUAAUUUCCUAUCUGAACAGCCAUUCAGUACAACUGACUCAUUUCCAGGAAAUGUUUUUUGUUUUUUUUUUUCCUGGAAAAAAGUAGAAAACUAUGACGCAAUAAAAUAAAAUUACCCAGAAUCCUCAGCUGC